AUCGUUCCUCUCCCCUACCAACCCCAGUCUUAUUCAUUCCCUUUUUCUCACCAAACCACCACAAACUAUUCUUUUUUCUUCCUUCUUCUUCUUUCUCCCCCACAAAACCCCUCAACAAAAUUUCCCAAAUUACGCUUCCCAAAACUCGAUCCCUUACUUGAUGGCGUUUUCACUCUGCAAAACGAUUCCCUUCACUUCAUUCUCCAACCACACCACCACCAAAAGCGGUCUCAUCGAACCAUCACUAGGGUUCACCAGAAGAAUGAGCAUCGGCGUUCUCAAGUGCUCUCUCGAACGCAACAACAGCGACGGAAAGAAAGCAAACGUAGUAUCCAAUUCCAAUUACGUAGUUCCGAUUGACGAUUCCCUUUCGUUCUCCAAUUCAUCCGCAACCAUAACUCGUCCUUUAGCUGAAAUUCUUAGAGACCUUAACAAGAAAAUUCCGGAUACUAUUGUUAAACCACCUCACGAUCCAUCCUCACCCACCUUCAUUCCCUGGUAUCAUGCCAAUAGGAUGCUGAGCUUCUAUGCUCCAGGAUGGUGUGGAGAGAUUCGUGAUGUUAUUUUCUCUGAUAAUGGAACUGUGACUGUUGUAUACCGUCUUACUGUACGCGGAUCUGAUGGAGAGGCAUAUCGUGAGUCAACCGGGACGAUAUCAACUACUGAUGCCUCCAUUACUGAUCCAGUUUCAGCAGCAGAGGAAAAUGCUUUCUGUAAAGCAUGUGCUCGGUUUGGUCUUGGCUUAUACAUGUAUCAUGAAGAUAAAACCAGUGGCGUUUGAGCAUCCAUAUUUUUGUUCGGUUUGUUGUGUCUAAAUGAUAUAAAUAGAAGUGGGCAAAAGGUGGAUGCAAGUACUGUUGUGAAAAACUAGAAGCCAUAUAUCUUUUGUUUUGGAUAAUUCAAAUGCUUAUUUGAAAGCAUGUUUUUUGUUUGUCACUUAGAAUCAUGGCUUUAUGUUUUCAGAGUUAGUGUGGCCUAAGCCUUAAAUUGAUAUGGGGAAAUGAACAAUUUCAUCAUGCUUUUAUUUAUUUAUUGUUAAAGGGAAUAUCCUUUUUACUGUAAGAUGACUACAAGGUGGUGCCCAUAUGCUUUGAAUCCAAGCUGGCUUUGUAAAAGAAUAAUGAUUCGUGAAUAUGGAAUAAAAUAUUUAAGGAUUUGUUGAAGUAAACAACAUAAUUAUGUGUUUAUGUAUUAGUUGUUUCUAUAA